AUGGAGUGGUUUUUCCACAAAAGAAGGGGACCAGAGUGGAAACAUGGGUGGACAGGCCAGACCCUCAACAACAUCUCCACACCACCUCUUCCAUUGCUAGCCAUUUUUGCCAUUGUCAUUCUCUUGUGGUCCCUCUCCAAUUACACAAGCUACAAGGGCCAACUAUACCAAACUACCAACAACUUCCAGCUAUUCCUCUUCUUGUUGCCCAUCCUCUUCAUCUUCCUCAUUGCCUCCUCCUCUGAUGGGAGGCCUAGUUUCCAGGCUCCAAAUCCACAUCAUGAGUCCAAUCACAGAGCUGGGAGCUUUCCUUGGGGUGUUGCUGUCCUGGUGGGGGUGCUUCUUGUCUUGGUCUCUUACCAAUCUGUAUUUCAAUCAAAGUGGUUUGGAGCUCUCAGGAGUUCUGUUUAA